AUGGCACAGAGUGGAAACGGAGCAGCAUGUGAGAGUGAAGUUACAUCACUUGGUACCGGACAAGAGCUGAAUUUUGAUGAUGACACACUGAAAGGUAAAGUUUCUUACAACUGUUAAUAGUGUAUCACCAAAAGGCCAUUAAUGUAGCAAACUAAGGACAGAUGACACAAAAUAUACAAAAAAAGGCAAAAAUACGUCAUUUGAAAUUAUUCCACAAAUGGAAGUGGUUAAAGAGGCAAAGUCGUUAAACAGUAUCUCUACUGAAGGUGUUUUUUCAUUUUUUAUCUAGAUUAGGCUUUAAGUAGAAUUUGUGGUCGAGUUUAUCAUUUGUGGCAUAGUGAAUGGAUGUUUUGGUACUGGUGCUCUAUAUACAAGUGAAGAUAAUGUCAAUUUACAGCUUUAUACUGAUUUUUCCAGAUCAAACUAUUAUGGCACAGAGUGGAAACGGAGCAGUAAGUGAGAGUGAUGUUACAUCACAUGGUACCGGACAAGAGCUGAACUUUGACGAUGACACACUAAAAGGUAAAGAUUCUUACAACUGUUAAUACCGUAUCACCAGAAAGCCUUAAAGAUUACAAACGAAGGACAGAUGACAUAAAAUAUACAAAAAAAGGCAAAAAUACGUCAUUUGAAAUUAUUCCACAAACGGAAGUGGUUAAAGAGUCAAAGUCGACAGUAUCUCUACUGAAGGUGUUUUUUUUAAAUUUUUUAUCUACAUUAGGCUUUUCGUAGAAUUUGUGGUCGAGUUUAUCACUUGUGGCAUAAUGUAUGGAUGUUAUGGUACUGAUGCUUUAUAUACGAGUGAAGAUAAUGUCAAUUUAUACCUUUAUACUGAUUUUCCAGAUCAAACCAUUAUGGUACAGAGUGGAAGCGGAGCAGCAAGUGACAGUGAUGUUACAUCACAUGGUACCGGAAAAAGGCUGAACUUUGAUGAUGACACACUGAAAGGUAAAGUUUCUUACAACUGUUAAUAGUGUAUCACCAAAAGGCCUUUAACAUGAGAAAUUUAAGGAGAAAUGAAAUAAAAGAUACAGAAAGGAAAAAGCCGUCAUUUGAUAACAUUCAACAUUUGAUACAUGAAGACUGAAAGUAGUUAAACAUUAUCUCCACUGAAGGUUAUUUUUAUUUUUUUUCUAAUAUUAGUUAAGACUAAUUAAUAGUAGUUAAUAUUAAUUUAAAGCUUUUUGCCGAUUUUUCCAGAUCAAACCAUUAUGGCACAGGUUGGAAACGGAGCAGCAUGUGAGAGUGAAGUUACAUCACUUGGUACCGGACAAGAGCUGAAUUUUGAUGAUGACACACUGAAAGGUAAAGUUUCUUACAACUGUUAAUAGUGUAUCACCAAAAGGCCAUUAAUGUAGCAAACUAAGGACAGAUGACACAAAAUAUACAAAAAAAGGCAAAAAUACGUCAUUUGAAAUUAUUCCACAAAUGGAAGUGGUUAAAGAGGCAAAGUCGUUAAACAGUAUCUCUACUGAAGGUGUUUUUUCAUUUUUUAUCUAGAUUAGGCUUUAAGUAGAAUUUGUGGUCGAGUUUAUCAUUUGUGGCAUAGUGAAUGGAUGUUUUGGUACUGGUGCUUUAUAUACAAGUGAAGAUAAUGUCAAUUUAUAUCUUUAUACUGAUUUUCCAGAUCAAACCAUUAUGGUACAGAGUGGAAGCGGAGCAGCAAGUGACAGUGAUGUUACAUCACUUGGUACCGGACAAGGGCUGAAUUUUGAUGAUAACACGGUGAAAGGUAAAGAUUCUUACAACUGCUAAUAGUGUAUCACCAAAGACCUUAAUAUAGCGAACUAACGACAAAAAAAUAAAAUAUACAAAACUGACAAAAAAUCGUCAUUUGAAAACAUUCAACAUACGGAAGUGGUUAAAAAGGCAAAGUCGUUAAACAGUAUCUCUACUGAAGGUGGUUUUUUCAUUUUUUAUCUAGAUUAGGCUUUUCCUAGAAUCAGUUGUGGUCGAUUUUACCUCUUGUACCAAAAUGAAUGGCUGUUUUGUUACUAGUGCUUUAUAUACAAGUGAAGAUAAUGUCAAUUUAUGGCUUUAUACUGAUUUUUCCAGGUCAAACCAUUAUGGCACAGAGUGGAAACGGAGCAGCAAGUGAGGGUGAUGUAACAUCACUUAGUACCGGACAAGAACUGAACUUUGAUGAUGACACACUGAAAGGUAAAGAUUCUUACAACUGUUAAUAGAGUAUCACCAAAAGGCCUUUAACAUAAAAAUUUAAGGAGAAAUGAAAUAAAAGAUACAGAAAGGAAAAAAACCGUGAUUUGAUAAGAUUCAACAUUCCUAAAGACGGAAAGUCGUUAAACAGUAUCUCCACUGAAGGUGGUUUUUAUUUUUUAUCUGGAUUAAAUAAACUUUUUCUAAAAUUUGUGAUUGACGAAUUCCUUUACUGUAUUGCUGAUUUAUCGUUACAUAUAGCCCUGCAUUAGCUCCCGCCAAGUAUGAUUCCUAUUUUCCCGCCAACCCGUAAGAUGCACACGCACCGCAUAACGGUUUAUUAGUGUGAGGUUCAAUUUUAAUGCAUUUUCAGCAUUUUUAGUAUUUUUAACAUCAGAAAGUGAGGAACGGAACGACCAAAUUUGCCCCUAUUGCACAAGUCUGUAACUAAUGUCAUGAUCACCGCCAUCGGAUGAGUUAGCAAGUGACAGCAUUUGUCUAAAGGAGGAAUAAAUGAUCUCUGUCGUAUUUUUGGUUUUAAUCUGUAGCAAAGAGGCGAAGAUUGAAAUGAACACACAAAAGAAUUGCACACGAUAGUCUGUAUUGUACUCUGACCUUUUGUACCCACAAUUAUAAUCCACCAUUUUAUUUUUUUAUACCAUAGCAAGUUUCGUUCCCAAGGGGUAUUCCGGAUUUCAAGAGACGUGGAUGACCGAAUGGGGGCAAAAAUCAAAACCCCCAAACUUCACUGCACCAAAACGUAUCCCCCCACAAAAUCCUAUACAGAGCUGCUCACCAACAAUAUUAUUCAGUUAAAAUCAAGCCAACUGAGAAAAUACUUGCCAAAUGUUUCCUAUCCCAAAAGAAUCCCGGAAUUGAAAAUUUUAAACCCAAAAAAUUCUUUUAUCAUCGCCAUCACUUGAAAUCCGAAGUACCUCCACUGGGGUUUCGUUCCACCCUAAAUUUCUUAUUCGAAAGUUUUGCUUAUCACGUACUUCAUAACCGCAAAACAGAUUGUCGAAUACGAAGCAGAAUCAGAGAGACCUAUAAGUCAAAAGGAAAGAAUCACGAAUGGGAAAAGAACCAAGUAUCCUCUAUUUUUUGAAAACCGAAAUACACAGUCAACUGGAAAACGAAGCGCCCUCAACCCCGGUGAAAGGGCCUGCAAUAAACCCAAUGAUAUUGUGUUAGUUCUAAACAUGCGGAAUUUUUUGUUAUUUGCUGGGCGAUUUUAGCAUGGUUUAAGUUGUCGAAUUUGUCGAUUUUUCUUCGCUGUGUUACGGAGUUCGGUAUACCACUAGCCGCUCCAAUCUUAAUUUUUUAGCAUGCGUAUACUUCUACUACAAGACCGGCUUCGAUAGUGUGAUAUCGUGCCCAGUUGUGGUAGUAUAAAGAGUUUCACUUUAGUGCUAAACAAUAUUCCCAUGGUAAUUUGUUAUGCGGUUGAAGACCCUCGUUGUACCCAUCAACAGAAACGUUUAGAAAGGUUGCAUUUAUAUUAAUGGAUGACGAAAUCCUAUGGUGCAACCACAGCACCUUCACAUGGUACCAUUUAUUAUAAUUAUUAACAUUAUGAUUAUGACGGAUGAUGUUGAUGAUGAUGAUCAUUAUUAUUAAUUGGAAAGGUUAUUUCAGUGUUAAUCCAAUCUUAAGUUUUGGUAGUUUUUUAGGGAAAAAAAGUGCUGUUGUCAAUGUGGUCAUAGCCCCCAAAUAUCUUCAAGUAGCAAACGGGAUUUAUGUAAUUAACAAUGUUUUUAUCACAAACUUUUAUCAACAAAGUAUCACUGAUCAAUAACGAAAGCUGUUGCAAAUUAUGACUAUCAUCUCCCUUAAUGGGUUCUAUGAAUCUCCAAGUAAACUUAACCGAGUUUCACUUGCACGAAAAUGAGCCAUUAUGUUUACAAGCGACAUUCUAAUGAUAGCACAUUGCUGCAAUUGACUCCUGAUUCUGUUUUCAAAUAUGGUUCUGUCACGUGUUACGGAAGUCGCAAUGUAACUCCAUGCUGCUACUAAGUCGAUUGACUACGUAACAAAGAAAAUAACUGAAAAAAAAAAAUCCCUCUGAAUCUGAAGUUCGCAAUGGUCGGUUACAAGGGUGACGUGAGCGAGUGGGCCACUGAAAUUCUGAAAAGCAGUUUCAUGUCUUGAUUGAAAGCGCUAUGGAAAACUGAAUUAGAGUACAUGUACGGUCCUGUUCUAUGAAAAUGACUUCACCGCGAAUUUCAUGACUGCCCUGCAACAUAAUUUCAAUGAAUUUGUUGCAAUGAAAUGUGCGUUUACCACUUGUGGCAAAAUGGAUGGUUGUUUUGGUAAUAAUGGUUAUACAAGUGAAGAUAAUAUCAAUUUAAAGCUUUUUACUGAUUUUUCCAGAUCAAACCAUUAUGGCACAGAGUGGAAACGGAGCAGCAUGUGAGAGUGAUGUUACAUCACAUGGUACCGGACAAGAACUGAACAUUGAUGAUGACACACUGAAAGGUAAAGAUUCUUACAACUUGUAAUACUGUAUCCCCAACAAGACUUUAACAUAGCAAAAUAAGGGGAAAAGAAAUAAAAGAUACAGAAAAGAAAAAAAAUCCGUCAUUUAAAAACAUUCAACAUACGAAAGUGGUUAAAGAGUCAAAGUCGAAGGUGAUUUUUCAACUUUUUAUCUAGAUUAGGCUUUUUGUAGAAUUUGUGGCCGACGAAUGCUGAAUUUUCUCCCAGCAGGUAUGAUUUCUUUUUUCCUGCCAACCCGAAAGAUGCACACUACCGCAUAACGCCUUUAAUAAUAGUGUAAGUUCCGUCUAGCGCUACAAAUUAAAUUUAAUGCUUUUCUAGCUUUUUUGGCGUUUUUAACUCUAGAAAGUGAGCAUAACUAACGACCAAAUUUGCCACUAUUCUGUGACCAAUGUCAUGGUCAACGCCAUUUAUGAGUUAACAAGUGACUCCAUUUGCCUAAACGGUGAGUAAAUGACCCCUGUCAUGAUCACUUUUUUUGUUUUAAUAUGCAGCAAAGAGACGAAGACGGAAAUGAACAUAUUAAAAAGUUGCACACGAUAGACCGUAUUGUACUCUUAUCUUUUGUACUCACAAUUAUAAUUCACUAUUUUAUUUUUUUUACACCAUGGCAAGUUUCGUUCCGAAAGGAGUAUUCCGGAUUUUUAAGAGACGUGGAUGAACUAAUUGGGGCAAAAAUCAAAACCCGCAAAAGUUCUCUGAACCAAAAAUUAACCCCCAAAAAAUCCUAUACAGAACUACGCACCGACAAAAUUAUUCAGUUAAAAUCAAGCCAACUAAGAAAAUACUUGCCACAUUUUUCCUACCCCAAAAGAAUCCCAGAAUUGAAAAUUUUAAGCCCAAAAAGUCCUUCUAUCAUCGCCGUCACUUGAAAUCCGGACUACCUCAACUGGAGUUUCGUUCCACCCCAAAUUUCUUAAUCAAAAGUUUGCUUAUGGCGUACUUCAUAACCGCAAAACAGAUUGUCGAUUACGAAGCUGAAUCGGAGAGACCUACAAGUAAAAAGGAAAGAAUCAAGAAUGGCAAAAACAAACAAGUACCCUGUAUUUUUUUGGAAACCGAAAUACACUCAACUCGAAAACGAAGAACCCUCAACGCUGGUGAAAGGGUGUGCAAUAAACCAAAUGGGUCCGUAAAUUUGAAGCGUGACCAUCCCCUUUGGGUAUUUGCGUUGCCUCGACGUACUCGUACCCAUUGUUGGGUAUUUGGAAUCAAAUGUUUUGGCUCAGGGAGGGGAGAGUAUAGUAGAGGUUUACAUUUUUAGCACCUUACAUUGAGAAAGUUUGCGGUUUUGUAGUGUUUGGCAAAUUUUCAUGCGGUACUUGUGUAAUUGUGGCUUUGAAUUCUGAUAUUGUGGUAUUUCUAAACAUGUCGAAGUUUUUGUGAUUGGCUCGGGGAUUUUUAGCAUGGUUGUGUCGAAUUUCUCGAUUUCUCUUUGCAGUGUUACGGUGUUCCGUAUACCCCUAGCCGCUCUUCAAUGGUUUUUUUUGCGCAUGCGUAUACUUCUGCCAAAAGACCAGCUUUGAUAGUGUGACAAGUUGCGGUUUUAGAAAGGUUUACCAAACAAUAUUCCCAUGAUAAUUUUUUAUGCGUUUGAACCCAUCAACAGAAAUAAUUAGCAAGGCAUUUAUAAUAACGGAUGCUGAAAUCCUAUGGUGCAACCACAGCACCUUCACAUUUUACCAUUUAUUAUUAUAAUUAUUAUAACUAUUAUAUUAUUAUUAUUAUUAUUACUAUUUGAAAAGUUAUUUUAGUGUUAAUCCAAUCUUAAGUUUUUGUAGUUUUUAAGUAGUAAAAAAAAAAAAGUUUGUUGUUGAUGUGGUCAUAGCAGCCAAACAUCUUUAAGUAGCAAACCGAAUUUAUAUACUUAACAGUGUUUUUAUCCUGAGUUUUUAUCAACAAAGUAUUGCCAAUGACGAAAGCCGUUGCAAAUUAUGAAGAUUAUCCCGUUACGUUCUAUAAAACUAAAAGUAAACUUUACCGAAUUUCACUAGCACCAAAAAAAAACAAUAUGUUUAUAAGGAUUAUUGCUGCAAUUGACUCCUGAUUCUGUUUCCAAAUAUGGUUCUGUCACGUCUUACUGAAGUGGUACUGUAACUCCCUGCUGCUACUAAGUCGAUUGACUAGGGUAACAAAAAAGAACUGCAAAAAACGUCGCUCUAAAUCUGAAACUGAAUCAGCCACCGAGAUUGUCGGAAAGUGAGUUGGCAAUGGUUGGUUACUAGGGUGUUCUGAGCGACUUAGCUACUGAAUUCUGGAAAGCAGUUUCAUGUCUUGAAUGAAAGCAUAACGGAAAACUGAAUCAGAUUACGUUACUGUCCUGUUGUUUGAAAAUUACUUCACCGCUCAUUUCAUGACAGCCUGCCACAGAAUUUUGAUUGAUUUGUUCAGUCAAUAAAAGUUUUAUACUAAUGUGAGUUUACCACUUGUCGCAAAAUGAAUGGUUGUUUUGGUAACAGUGCUUAUACAAGUGAAGUUAAUAUUAAUUUAAAGCUUUUUACCGAUUUUUCCAGAUCAAACCAUUAUGGCACAGAGUGGAAACGGAGCAGCAAGUGAGGGUGAUGUUACAUCACUUGGUACCGGACAAGAGCUGAACUUUGAUGAUGACACACUGAAAGGUAAAGAUUCUUACAACUGUUAAUAGUGUAUCACUAAAAGGCCUUUAACAUACUAAACUAAGCACAAGUAAAAUAAAAUAUACAGAAAAGACAAAAAACCGUCAUUUGAAAACAUUCAACAUACGGAAGUGGUUAAAGAGUCAAAGUCGUUAAACAUUAUCUCUACUGAAGGUGGUUUUUUAACUUUUCAUCUGGAUUAGGCUUUUCCUAGAAUUUGUGGUGGAGUUUA